ACACCCACAACUCCACACCCACACCCCGGACAUUGCAAUUCAAUCACCAGAAGUGCGGAGAGAGAGAGAGAGAGAGAAAAAAGUGGGGACUCGGGGACAGAGACCGAGAGAACCUGAACUGAUUGAAGAGCUCGACGAGAAGAUCUAUAUCCUUCUAGGUUCGGCCGGGUUUGGUUACCUUCCUUGGAAUCGGAAUAGGUCGGAGAUGAAUGGAUAGUGGGAGCAGCAAUUUCAAAUAAGAGUCCUUCCAUUUGACAGCUGGCAAAGUCGUGCAAGGAAUGCGAGUGAGGAGAGGCUGCAGCACUGACGGGGACCUGGAUACCUUCAGUGACUGACAACGUCGCUCACGCUCCAGGGCUGCUUAUUCCCCGCUCGAUUGGUGUCCUUAGAACAGGGCCGUGAAGCCAUGGACCAAGAGUACGAACGGAGGCUGCUUUGGCAAACGCACUUCCAAAACGUCUCUGAAAAUAUGCUUUCCCCGUCUGCCUUAAACCCGCAGCCCGUAUCUUCCACCUCACCGGCAACCAUUCCUCGCAAGACGGGCGACAGGUUUAUUCCGACCAGGGCAAGUUCCAACUGGAGCAUCAACUUUCACACCAUUAACGAGAACGGAAAAUCCCCCAACCAGAACCGCAAAGUGAAAGAGGCCAAUUCCGACAAUGGGAAAGAUGGAGUGGCCUACGCUGCUUUACUAAAGAACGAGCUCCUGGGUGCGGGCAUUGAAAAGGUCAGUGAUCCUCAGACAGAAGAUCGGAGAUUCCAGAUGCCGAUGCAGGAGAGACGCAAUCUGUUCAGAUAUGCCUUGAGCACAAAGAGAUCUACCAUUGAAAGUGGGAAUGAAAUCUCUCCAUAUUCACUGUCCCCAGUCAGCAAUAAAAGUCAAAAGUUGCUGCGAUCGCCACGCAAACCCACAAGGAAGAUUUCCAAGAUUCCCUUCAAAGUCCUGGACGCCCCAGAGCUGCAGGACGACUUUUACCUGAACCUGGUGGACUGGUCGGCAGCCAACGUCCUGAGCGUGGGCCUCGGAGCCUGCGUUUACCUGUGGAGCGCAUGCACCAGUCAGGUAACGAGGCUGUGCGACUUGUCCAUAGAUGGCGACUCAGUUACUUCUGUCUGCUGGAACGAGCGAGGCAAUUUCGUGGCUGUGGGAACCCACAAAGGUUACGUGCAGAUUUGGGAUGCGGCUGCAGGCAAGAAGCUGACCUCACUCGAUGGACAUUCGGCUCGAGUCGGUGCGUUGGCCUGGAACGCUGAUCAGCUGUCAUCGGGAAGUCGGGACCGGCUCAUCCUGCAGAGGGACGUGCGAACUCCCCCACUCCAGAGCGAGCGGAGACUGCAGGGUCACAGGCAGGAAGUCUGUGGUCUAAAGUGGUCACCCGACCACCAGCAUCUGGCGUCCGGGGGCAACGACAACAAGCUCUUUGUGUGGAACAACUCGAGCCUGAGCCCGGUGCAGCAGUACACAGAACAUUUAGCUGCUGUCAAGGCCAUUGCCUGGUCCCCCCACCAGCACGGGCUGCUGGCCUCGGGUGGGGGCACGGCCGAUCGCUGCAUCCGCUUUUCCAACACCCUGACGUGUCAGCCUUUACAGUGUGUGGACACCGGCUCACAAGUCUGCAACCUGGCCUGGUCCAAGCACGCAAACGAGCUGGUCAGCACGCACGGCUACUCGCAGAAUCAGAUCCUGGUGUGGAAAUACCCAUCGUUAACACAAGUUGCCAAACUGACAGGUCAUUCAUACAGAGUCCUCUACCUGGCCAUAUCACCCGACGGAGAGGCCAUCGUAACAGGAGCGGGGGACGAAACAUUGCGGUUCUGGAACGUUUUCAGCAAAACCCGGUCGACUAAGGAAUCCAAAUCUGUCCUUAACCUUUUUACUAGGAUACGGUAAAGCUUUCCUGAACAGAAUGUGUGCUCCAUAGACACUGAUUUCCCCAAACCCCGACCCAACCCACACCAGAACUGCAGCAACAUUGAUCUGAAUUAACAAUGACCGCCUUUUCUUCGCCGUGCCCAUUAUCUUUCCUCGGACGGAUCAGCACCCUUUAAUUUGCUGACGUCUGGAGGCUGUUCAUGUCACUGACUGACACACUUAGUGGAAGAAAGCUGCUGUUGAGAAGUAUGGAAUUAAGGGUGAUAAAGAGAGAGAGAGCAGAGCGCAAGUUCACUUUAUAUGUAUCUAUUGUACAAAUGUGUACAGAAGCUAUUUAUUGUACCCAGGAUGGCACUUGGAUGGUGUGUUGAUGUUUGCAUGGAAAUAUGAGUGUGGAUUGGAUCAGAAUGCCUUCUAAUGUUGUGUAUAGAGAGAGAGAAAAAAAAAAGGAGUAAUAUUUACAUAUACUGUGUCUGAGCUAUCUGAAAGGUAUACUUGCAGGUUUUUUUAUUUUAAAAAUCUACGUUCUUUCUAUGUAACUAUUUUGACAGCAUCGGCUCCUGGAAGUGAGGAAUUCCCAUCUCUUGAUAUUUUAAAAUGCACUUCUGAAAAUGUCUUUCUUUUUUUUUGGAGUAAGAAGAACAUCAUUAUAAAUGGGAUCCAUGAUUAAAAGGAAAAUGCACGGUAAA